AAUAAACAUUUCUUUCAAACUUAAUAUUUACUACCCAGAACCCUCUCUUUCUUUUCCUGCCUUUACAGUCGCCAUGAAGGUCGAACUCUGCAGUUUCAGUGGGUAUAAAAUAUAUCCCGGCCACGGCCGACGUUAUGCAAGGAUAGACGGAAAGGUCUUCCAGUUUCUUAACGCGAAGUGUGAGUCAGCUUUCCUGGCCAAGAGGAACCCCAGGCAGAUCAACUGGACUGUGCUUUACAGGCGCAAGCACAAGAAGGGCCAGUCUGAAGAAGUGACAAAGAAGCGUACCCGCCGUGCUGUGAAAUGUCAGAGGGCCAUCACCGGUGCCUCCCUGGCUGAAAUUUUGGCCAAGCGCAACCAGAAGCCUGAGGUGCGCAAGGCCUUGCGGGAGCAGGCCAUCAGGGCUGCAAAGGAAGCCAAGAAGGCCAAGCAGGCAACUAAGAAACAAACGGCAGUAGCUGCAAAGGUCAGAUCAUGUUACUCAUCUGUAAAUGUGUUAUUGCGUACUCACAUUUUGCCCGAUUGCCUUGUACCCCUCCCAGUUAGGCACCUGGUGGUGACAUGCAUUUUUAUACCACAUCAACAUGGUACAAAUAUACAUGUUUAAAAAGGUCUUUCAGAUAUACCUAGGCUACUGGAUUGCUAUUCAAGGGCAAAGGGUUCAAUUUGUGAUGCAUUAUAUUGGUUGCUUUAUUGUGUUUAUUGUGUUGUAUUCUUAUUACCGUAUGAUAAAUUUUCAGCUUUUAAUCAUAACCACUGAUACCAAACGUGUAAAAAAUCUGUGUACAUUUAUCAUUAAGUUUUCAACGUUUGUGCUAAAAGACAAAGUAUUUAUGCUUGGCAUUACAAUUGCCCUGACGUGACCUAAUGCGAUAUAUGCUUAAAAUAGUGUCGCAAAAGAAUUUAAUAAAAUGUUUUUUUGGAGAUGCCACAGUGCGCUUCGCAUUGAAUAAAAUGUGCUACCUGUGGAAAGAUUGCUCUGCUAUGGGUACAAAAAAGCAGAGAAAUUUAGAUAUAGACUAUGUGAAGUUCAAUUUUGAUUAUCAGACAGUUUGAGAGAGAGUCUGUCAUUCAAGUGGUUACUGGAAGGAACACAUUUAAUAUAUAAAAUAAACACUUUCACAAUAGGUAUAAUGUAAUUUCUAGCUAAUAAUUUCACGCAGAUGCUAACAGCUGCAACACUCAAGGACCUUCUUUCCUACAUGAUUGCAAUCAUGCAAAGUGCACUGUGGCAUCGUGUUUAUGGCAUUAUUAUUAUGUAUUUCAAUUUUACACAUUGUAUAACAUACUGGGUAUACUUCAAGUUAACAUUAUUUCAUUCUUUUGUGACACAUAUAUUGCACUUUAGGGUAAUUACAAUGCCCUGCAUAAAUAAUUAGUCUUUCUGCACUAACUUUUACAACUCGAUAAUUAUUGUUUCUUGUUAUUGCAAAUGUAAGGAAUAGAUUAAUGGGUUUCUAUCUGGUGAUAGCUAGAAAAGAUAGUCUAGUGUGGUUAAUAAUUGUUCAGCUCACCAUUAUUACCAGAUUGGUCAUUCCAUACACCACACAUUUGGACCUCAUCGUCACAGAUUUUAACGAAACUUGGCAUUCUG